UGUUCGAGCGGCGGCACGUGUUUUUGUUGAGCGUUGGAUUUUGUUCGUCGUUGUUACAGAUGGGCAAGCUUGGUAGCAAUCCAUUGGCUGGGCUCGCGGCUCUUGGCCUCGGAGGCCUUGCCACACCUGCCAACACCGGUGGGUUAAAUCCAGCAGCGUUGGCGGCACUCGCUGGUAGCCAGCUACGCACCAGCAAUACAAACAGGCAACAACCAGCGGCGAACAAUCAGACGCACGAGAUGACCGUGCCGAACGAGCUGAUCGGGUGCAUCAUCGGCAAGGGUGGCACCAAGAUCGCCGAGAUCCGUCAGAUCUCCGGCGCCAUGAUCAGAAUCAGCAACUGCGAGGAGAGGGAGGGUGGUGCCACAGAUCGUACGAUCACCAUCACCGGCAAUCCGGACGCUGUGGCAUUGGCACAGUAUCUCAUCAGCAUGAGGUGAGUACACGGUGGCAGAGGAGCAUAGAUAUCACUCCAGUUUGUCCGACAUCUUGAAUAGAAAACGAAAGAAGAAGAAGAUGAAGAUGAAGAAGAAAAAAAAAAAAAAGAAAGAAAGUGGAGAACGUUGAACGUUUUGUUGGCAAUGCAGAUUUUAUUGAAAGAGAGGAAAUUUUAGGAAAUAUACACAGUUCACUCAUUCACUGGUUAAUCUAUUAAGGGACAUUUGAUUAAUUCCUUUUUUAAUU